AGAGCUAUCAUACAAAUUCUCUUGACGUCAACACGAAUCCUAGGCAAAGCAUUUCUUGAAGCUGGGCGACAAGCCGCUGCACCACAGGCUGUAGGGAGUGACGUCGCAGGUGUCGGCAAUGCUCGUUCGGGUUCGCUAACGGAUCAACUUACGCGGCAGCAUCGAAUGACGCUGGACGAAGCACACUUGAUUUUGAAUAUUAAGCGGGGCGAAGAGCUUGAAAAAAUUUUGCAGAAUUAUGAACAUCUGUUCAAGGCCAACUCGCUCCCUGCGGAAGUACCGAGAGCACCAAUACAUGGUCGAUCAGCAACUCCUCUGAACUCCCACUAUCUCCAGUCCAAGGUUGUAAGAGCCCGAGAACGAAUAGAAGCUGAACUACAA